AUGGCUACAUCAGCACUUGGAAGCUACAUCUCCGCACCUGGGAAUGCCGUUUUCCUACAAUCUUCCACCUUGCCAAAAUCAACCGCUGCUACACAGAAGCAGAUGUCACCGUUGGAGAAGAUCACGUCAGAGCUUCGCCGAAAAAUCUUUACACGCCUUCUCACGGCCGACAAUGUUCGGCAACCACCCGAUCGGUAUCUCGUACGCCCAUACCGCUUGCACACUGCAGUCUUGUCUGUGAGCAAGAAGAUCCAUGGUGAGGCACAUGAGAUGCUCUACCGCGAAAACCAUUUUGUGACUAUCUCCAGCGACUGGGAGAUGAAUUUCACAUGCACGACAAACCAUGAAGUUACCACUGUCUGUCAAAAGCCACAGCUCGUUGCCAGGUUCAAGAACAACAUUAUGCGCUUGCAUAUCAAGUUCCCAUGGGCCAAGACCCAAGGGAACACCAAAGUCCAUGCCAGUUUCAUCAUGCUAGUUCAGGAUCUGCCUAGCUUCACACGAUUGCUUUAUAUCUUGGGUGUCACUAAUAGUAGAAUACGACCGCAACUUAACUUAAAUUUCCGGAUCGAACCCACAGAUGCCGGCUCUCCAAGCCUUGCCAUCCAAAAGGCUCUCCUAGAGCCAUUUCGCAGACAUAUCGAAGACUAUGAUGCCGCCUCUUCACUGGUCGGCGAUCAAGCUCUCCGGAUGGGAAACUACGACCUGGCUUUAGCCAAGUAUCAGGACUCCCAGAAUGUAUUCAAGAGAGCCCAGGCCGACAACGAGAACAUUUCCGGGGUAGAAGACCCAGGCUGCGGCGACGUCUUGAAAAGCGCCGCAACUCACAAUAUCGAGGCUACAGACCGUGCCACUGAGCUGUCGCAGCUUGAAAAGAGUAAAUUUCACCAUUAUCGCGGCAUCACUUAUGCCAUUAGAGAUAAUCACAAAGCGGCCUUGACUCAAUUUCGAAAAGCAGCUCAGUGUGAUCGAAUGAGGGACCAACGCAUUGAACUUGACCUUGCCAUCACAAAACGUCAUCAGGCGGCUGAAUCUCCCGAGGAAAAGACCGCUGCAGGUAAAGUGAAAGCCUCGCGGCUCAAGGACGAGCCCCUGGAGCACGAGAAUCCCAUCUUCACGACUUCGAAAUUCAUCGACGGUGAGCGCUAUCUGCUUCGCAAAUUAGGUUAUCACGGAGAUAUGCUGGAGCAUAUUCAUGGAACCAAGGGUGUGGAUAUGAAGGAGAUGGACAAAGUAGUGAAAAGUCUCGAAAUCAGCAGCCUACUAUGA